AUGGGCUUUGCCCAUAAAAUUGCAAAAACUUAUAGGACGACAUCGUUACACGCAGCACUGGCCGGGAUAAUUCCUCUAGACCUCCGUAUUCCAGAAGCUGUUGCCUUAUACGAAGAACGGCGAAGAAUUAGAGAGGAGAGUGCAAUAUGUAAAUCUCCCACACCCGGCGAAACAAAUGAAACUGGACUACAAUAUGAUCACCAAUCCGGAAAAAAUCGGAAGACACGGCAGCACACAAAUCUAUAUGGACGGCAGCAAAACAAGUAUAGGAGUGGGCACGCGCCGCUUGGACGGAAUGGAAAGAUGGAAUGGAAAUAA